UUACUAAAUCUUGCUUUACAAAUUGCUCUAAGAUAUCUCUUUUCUUUUGGAAGACAACAAGUGGCUGUGUGCAAGCAUGAGGCUGAGCCUGAACAGGAAAUUGAUUUUGAUAAUGAAGACCAGCUAACGCAGAACAAACUAGGAGAAGAGGCCAGAAAUAUUCUUAUACGAUUUGGUAUUAUUGAAAUCUAUUUGAAAAUUUGGAAUGCAGGUGUAGAAAAAACAGAUGUUUUUUUCUUUACGAUUUAUAUCAACCGGAAGCCGCGUACCUGUAAUUAUGACUGA